CCAAACUGCGCCUUGAAUUCUGCCGUCCUGCUGCCAUGUUGGAUUGAAGGAUCGUUAUUGCUUUAAGAGUUCGGAAUGAAAGUUUAUAUUAUGCAGUCUGUCAAACGUGAACGAAUUAAAGACUAAAUAAGCCGCAGGAGUAAACGAGUCGCAUCUGUAUCGCGCGCGCAUUGAGGACAACACUACGUCGGCUCUGCUUGCAUGCGGAAUUCCUAACGGGAUGAACGGAGCGCAGGCCAUGUUGAUCCGUGAUUGCACAUAAAAUCAUCUAAUACGAGACAAACGCUCAAGUUCAUCCGCCUCAUCCGCCAACAUGAGCGGCCACCCGCCCCAGAGGAGGGUGGCUAACGUGGGCUCUCUGCUUCUGACCCCGCACGAGAACGAGUGUCUGUUCAACUACCUGGGCAGGAAAUGCAUCACAUUGUGCUCGGCGGUGGUCCAGGUGUACGGGGCAGACAGGAGCUCGUCUUGGAUCAAGAGGUGCUGUGGUGUGGCCUGUUUGGUGAAAGACAACCCUCAGAGGUCUUAUUUUAUCCGUGUCUUUGAUAUCAAGGAUGGAAAAACAAAGUUUGAGCAGGAGCUCUACAAUAAUUUCACGAUCAGUAGUUCGAGAGCCUACUUCAUUACCUUCGCUGGUGAUUCUUGUCAGAUGGGCCUCAACUUUGCCAGUGAAGAGGAAGCCAAACGAUUUCGGAGUGCACUCAACGAACUGCUCAACAGACGACAGAGGAAAACUGAGAAAAGGCGUGACCCACCAAAUGGACCCGCUCUCCUGAUGGCGACGGUGGACAUCAAGAACCCCGAGAUAAACAACAAACUUAAUGUGUCCCACAUGAAUAACAUGGUGCACAGUGGCCUUAACAAGAAGGAGAAGAAGGUCAAGGGCAAGAGGAAGAAGCUGACGAAGGCUGACAUUGGAACGCCAAGCAACUUCCAGCACAUCGGUCAUGUAGGAUGGGAUCCGAACACAGGCUUCGAUUUGAAUAAUUUGGACCCAGAGCUGAAGAACCUGUUCGACAUGUGUGGCAUCUCUGAGGCCCAGCUCAAAGACAAGGAGACGUCUAAGGUCAUCUACGACUUCAUUGAGAAGAAGGGAGGCGUAGAGGCUGUGAAGAAUGAGCUGAGGAGACAAGCACCCCCGCCUCCACCCUCUCGGGGCGGGCCACCCCCACCACCCCCACCCCCUCCCCACACUUCUGGGCCCCCACCUCCACCACCCCCAGUGCGGGGACGAGGAGCCCCACCACCCCCUCCACCUUCAAGGGCCCCCUCAAGUGCACCCCCUCCACCUCCUCCAUCCCGGCCUAGCAUGGGAGCACCUCCGCCACCACCUCCCAGCAGAGGGCAUCGACCUCCCCCUCCACCUGCCCCCGCCUCUAUGCCACCUCCCCCGCCACCACCACCUCCAUCCGGAGGAGCCGCCCCGCCUCCACCUCCUCCUCCACCACCUCCUCCUGGACCUCCUCCACCCCCUGAUAUGGACGGAGGCCACAGUGAAUCAACGCCCUCGCCCAUAGGCGGAAAGUCAGCUCUGCUGGAGCAAAUCAGGGAGGGCGCUCAGUUAAAGAAAGUGGAACAAAACAACAGGCCAGUGUCGUCCACAGGACGGGACGCACUACUCGACCAGAUCCGACAGGGCAUCCAGCUCAAAACGGUAUCAGAUAAUGACUCAGGACCACCCACCCCUGCUCAGUCAGCAGGCAUUGUUGGAGCUCUGAUGGAGGUGAUGCAAAAGAGGAGCAAAGCCAUCCACUCCUCGGAUGAAGAUGAGGAUGAUGAGGAUGAUGAAGACUUUGAGGAUGAUGACGAAUGGGAUGAUUAAUCCCACAACACUAACCCCAACCAGUAGAGUAAAGAUACUAAAUUCUCACUUCCCCAAAUUUUACUCUCAUUCUGUUUUUUUGUUUGUUUGUCUGUUUUUGUUUUUUUUCAAAUCGCUGUAUAUUUUUGUUGCCUUUUUGCCUUUUUUUUUUUUUUUUUUUUUUUUUUAAUAAUCUGUGCAAUACCUCAUGUAAUCUGUAAAGUAUUGUCAUUUAUCCUCUGUAAAAUAAUCUCCUGGAAUAACCAUGUGAAGUUUUAUGCCAGGAUUCAUGAUUUGUUGACCUGAAUGUUUUUGUUCCCCUGUGAGUGGGGAAAGGGAGAUGGACGGGACGCUCGAUGUCCUUAUUAAUUGUUGAUUAAUGAUUUAGAUAACACUAUUUUCAUACCCUACUUUUCUGUACCUUCGAUUUUCUUAUUCAAAUCCUAGUUUAGCAUUCUUAGAUUUGGUAAGAGGUUCUCCUAUCAGAAUAUGUAUGUCCCCUGUAUUGUUUCCCUUGUAAAUGUACACCAGGCUGAUAUAUUGAGGCUAUAUAUAUUUUUGCACGAAUAACAAAAAGAAAUUCACUACAGGAUGAGAACACAUUGGCUGAACACGUUAAAUAUGAUUUCUGUGGUAAUCACGAUCAGCGUCACACUACAUUGCACGUCACAGAGUAGACAGUUCUGAGUUUUUGAUUUCACUUUAUUAAUAAGAAAAUAAUAUCCGGUAGAUUCAAACUGGCAAAGUCGUGAGUACAGCUUGCUCCUGAAUGUGAAAAACCAUCAAUUCACAAAUCUAGAAUUCCAAUCAUAUCAAGAAAAAAAAAAACUGAAAAAAACAUAAAUAAUAAUAAUUAAACUACCAUUUGUUAGACGCUUUUACAGGUCAAUGCUUGACUGACAACUCCAUUUAAGGCAAUGGAAAAAAACAACAACAAACCUUUGUGUAAAAUUAAUGCUGGUUUAACAGUAUUGUCUGUCUGAACAGAAUUUGCUGUCCUUGUCCUGUAAGGAUAGUGCUGAAAAUAUUGUGUAAUUGACAUCAAAUCUUACAAGAGGGUUGGAAUGUGGAAUGAAAACACCACUAAAUUCUAUGCUUAAAUAAAUGGUAUUAUUUACAAACCUGA